GCUGAGGGCCCGACUUGCGGGACCCCGGUGGGAGCCGGCCCGGCGCGCGGCCACCAUGUCGGCGCCGUCGGAGGAGGAGGAGUAUGCGCGGUUGGUGAUGGAGGCGCAGCCCGAGUGGCUGCGCGCCGAGGUGAAGCGGCUGUCUCACGAGCUGGCCGAGACCACGCGCGAGAAGAUCCAGGCGGCCGAGUACGGGUUGGCGGUGCUCGAGGAAAAGCACCAGCUCAAGCUGCAGUUUGAGGAGCUCGAGGUGGAUUAUGAGGCCAUCCGCAGCGAGAUGGAGCAGCUGAAGGAGGCCUUCGGACAGGCACACACGAACCACAAGAAGGUGGCCGCAGAUGGCGAGAGCCGGGAAGAGAGCCUGAUCCAGGAGUCAGCCUCCAAGGAGCAGUACUAUGUGCGGAAGGUGCUGGAGCUGCAGACGGAGCUGAAGCAGCUGCGCAAUGUCCUCACCAACACACAGUCAGAGAAUGAGCGCCUCACCUCGGUGGCCCAAGAGCUGAAGGAGAUCAACCAGAAUGUGGAGAUCCAACGUGGCCGCCUACGGGAUGACAUCAAGGAGUACAAAUUCCGGGAGGCCCGCCUACUUCAGGACUACUCAGAGCUCGAGGAGGAGAACAUCAGCCUGCAGAAGCAAGUGUCUGUGCUCAGACAGAACCAGGUGGAAUUUGAGGGUCUCAAGCAUGAGAUCAAGCGUCUGGAGGAGGAGACUGAGUACCUCAACAGCCAGCUGGAGGAUGCCAUACGGCUCAAGGAGAUCUCGGAGCGGCAGCUGGAAGAGGCACUGGAGACGCUGAAGACGGAGAGGGAGCAGAAGAACAGCCUGCGCAAGGAGCUGUCGCACUACAUGAGCAUCAAUGACUCCUUCUACACCAGCCACCUGCACGUCUCCCUGGAUGGCCUCAAGUUUAGCGAUGAUGCCGCCGAGCCCAACAAUGACACCGAGGCCCUGGUCAACGGCUUUGAGCACGGUAGCCUCGCCAAGCUGCCGCUGGACAACAAGACCUCCACACCCCAGAAGGACGGCCUCACACCACCCUCCCCCAGCCUCGUCUCUGACCUGCUCAGUGAGCUCAACAUCUCUGAGAUCCAGAAGCUGAAGCAGCAGCUGAUGCAGAUGGAGCGGGAGAAGGUGGGCCUGUUAGCAACACUGCAGGACACACAGAAGCAGCUGGAGCACGCGAAGGGGGCCCUUUCAGAGCAGCACGAGAAGGUGAGCCGCCUCACGGAGAACCUGAGUGCCCUGCGGCGCCUGCAGGCCGGCAAGGAGCGGCAGACAGCCCUGGACAAUGAGAAGGACCGUGACAGCCAUGAAGAUGGUGACUACUACGAGGUGGACAUCAAUGGGCCCGAGAUCUUGGCCUGCAAGUACCAUGUGGCCGUGGCCGAGGCUGGCGAGCUCCGGGAGCAGCUCAAGACACUGCGCAGCACGCACGAGGCCCGUGAGGCUCAGCACGCCGAGGAGAAGGGCCGCUACGAGGCCGAGGGCCAGGCGCUCACCGAGAAGGUCUCCCUGCUAGAGAAUGCCAGCCGCCAAGACCGUGAGCUGCUGGCCCGGCUGGAGAAGGAGCUGAAGAAGGUGAGCGACGUUGCUGGUGAGACACAGGGCAGCCUGAGUGUGGCCCAGGAUGAGCUGGUGACCUUCAGCGAGGAGCUGGCCAACCUUUACCACCACGUGUGCAUGUGCAACAAUGAGACGCCCAACCGCGUCAUGCUGGACUACUACCGUGAGGGCCAGGGCGGAGCCGGCCUCACCAGCCCCGGGGGCCGCACUAGCCCUGAGAGCCGGGGGCGCCGCUCGCCCGUCCUCCUGCCCAAGGGGCUGUUGUCCACAGAGGCAGGCCGAGCAGAUGGUGGUGCUGGGGACAGUAGCCCCUCGCCUAGCUCCUCACUGCCAUCGCCCCUGAGUGACCCGCGUCGGGAGCCCAUGAAUAUCUACAACCUGAUCGCCAUCAUCCGCGACCAGAUCAAGCACCUGCAGGUGGCUGUGGACCGCACAACAGAGCUGUCGCGGCAGCGUAUUGCCUCGCAGGAGCUGGGCCCUGCUGUGGACAAGGACAAGGAGGCGCUCAUGGAGGAGAUCCUUAAGCUAAAGUCGCUGCUCAGCACCAAGCGGGAACAGAUCACCACGCUGCGCACUGUGCUCAAGGCCAACAAGCAGACAGCUGAGGUGGCCCUCGCCAACCUGAAGAGCAAGUAUGAGAACGAAAAGGCCAUGGUGACCGAGACAAUGAUGAAGCUGCGCAACGAGCUCAAGGCGCUCAAGGAGGAUGCAGCCACUUUCUCCUCGCUGCGUGCCAUGUUCGCCACAAGGUGUGACGAGUACAUCACGCAGCUGGACGAGAUGCAGCGGCAGCUGGCAGCCGCUGAGGAUGAGAAGAAGACACUGAACUCACUGCUGCGCAUGGCCAUCCAGCAGAAGCUGGCACUGACCCAGCGGCUGGAGCUGCUCGAGCUGGACCAUGAGCAGACCCGGCGGGGCCGCGCCAAGGCUACUGCCAAGGCCAAGCCGGCCACCCCGACUCUGUAGAGUAGCUGCAGGGAGGACUCGACCCCCCAGCACUGUCACACUGCAGCCCCUCCCUUCCCCUCCCCUGCCCACACGGAGGAAGGAAGGGCAACCUAAAAUUCCACUUAGAAACAUUUUUGGAUAUGCCACUGCAAUUCUUUGCAAAAUAGCAUUCCCCAAGUUUUCAAUGGGAGAGAAAAGCUUUAAUGUUGAGAAUGCUGCGAGCUGCUGCUUGGAAAGGCCUCUGUAUGGGCUGAAGAACCUGCUUCCACGGCCACCACCAGGCUCGCUAGGAGCCUGCUGGAGACGCCUACCACAGGGGUCUCCUUGUUCCUUUUUUUAUCCGAUCAACCUGUGCACUUUUGAUAUUUUGAUAUUAUAUUUGCUUCCCUAAUUCCGACAUAGAGAGACGGUCUCAGAUGCCGUGGUUUGUGCUCGUGGUCCUGUAGCUCUCUGUCUUAGCUCCCACCUUGUUGACCUGGCGUCAACAUGAGGCAGAGCUGUGUACUCCCAGUGUGUAGCUCUAGACGGUGGGGAGGAGGGCUUUCCCAACAAGGAGCUGGCUAGAGGUAGCCACACUGUGGUUCAGCAGCCUUUUAGAUUAUACAGCAUUAUGGUUCAUGUUUGAAAUUACAGAUUUUAAAUGCCAUGUUCAUUAAGAAAUCCAGGGUAUUCCAAUUCUGGGGUUUUUCAUAUUGUAUUAUUAUUAUUCUUAGGAAUAGUUCAAUGUAACAAGAAGAAAACUUGACCUUUGCUCUGGUUAAAACAGUAAUAGGCACUUGAAAAAAAAAGAUAAAUUAUUGAAUGAGUAGUAUUACCUACAGAUUCCAGAAUUUUCUGGGUUUUAGGACAUUGUGAAGCAUGACUGAUUAACAGAAUUUUAUACAACUGUACCAGUGAAAUUCCAAAUUGGAAUUGUUUUGUUACUCUGGUUGUUGUGCCAAAUUAUGGUACACUUAGAAAAUUCUACAGUUGUCGAUUUUUAGGGUGUUCUAUUUCAGCACCAUUUUGUUAGUAAUCAUUGCCAGUAGUGCCUUCAUCAGUUAAGGGAGGUGUCCCAGCGUAGUUAAUUCUCUAAAACGGGCAGUUGGGAAUGCUGAAGGCCAGUGUGGACCAGCAGGUGGGAGCAGGUGCUCGCCUCACACCUGUGCCUGGGCAUCUUCAUUGAGGGAGAUAAAACAGUAAUUGUGCAAAAUUCUGUUAGUCAGUGAUUCUUUACUUGCAAAUUCAGGGGCUUAGAAAAUGAAAUAAAUGCAAAACCUUGACUGUGUUUUGGGAACCAAAUGGACUUUAUGGGACAAGCUAAGCAAGUUGUGUGAACACCACGUUUGUGAAGAGCCAAGGGCAUCAGGAGAGCCGACACUUCGUCGGCACGCAGUGGGACAAGGGUUAGCCGUGGUAUUCUUUGCAAAUGUGAAAAUAAAACAUUAUAUCUUCUCUUGCUUGGUGUAACUAAUCACUGUUAAUUUCAGGAAACAGAACUCAUUAAAGCUCCUUAGCAAACCAGGUGUGUGCAUCGUGCUCUGUUUGCUGAGUGAGGUUCAUGGGAGUGAUCCAAUUGGUACUCAGAGAAGAAGAAAAAUUGUCUUCUUCCAAACAAAUACCCAAAUUAUAAUAAUACAAAUGGCAAGAAUAAAAGAAUUCUGUUUCCUGGAAUAAGCAUUUCUUAUUCCUAGUUGUAGGGACUCCUAUUUUUACCUUCUGUUACAGUGUUGAUUCAUAAAAAAUAUUAUUACAUUUGAGAUAACUUCAUCUGUAUGGGGUAUUUAUUUGCAAUGAUGUCUGAGUACUGUAUUUUUUUCUGUGCAUUACCUUAGUGUCAGAAUGUUGGUCUUUAUUUUAAAGUCAUAUGCAUGUUCUCCUGCCAAGGAACCUUUACACAGACCCAAACAAGCAAAUAAUAAUAAGCAAAUGCCUUCAGUUUCUGAGAAAGUGAGGCAAAGCAUGGAAAGGAAUAGGAAGAAGAAGUUGAGACUCUCGGGAAAUAGACGUGUGACCUGAAUGUCUACAAAGCCAGAGUGCAUAGGAGCAGUGGGCCUGGGUAAAGAGUCAUGUUGGUAGGACCAAUAAAUAAAGAAUAAUAAAAAGAUAAA